CCUCACUCUCUCAACAGCUUUUAAAAAAAAUAGAAAAAUCUCUGCAACUUUUACUUUUUCCGGCAAUGUCAACUCACCGGAGAAGAAUCAUUCUCAGUAACGUCACCGUUAAACUCGGCUGCAGCAGUAGUUGCAUCCGGCCAAAACUCUCCAGCAUUUUCCACCCAAAACCCCGUAAAUCCCCAAAAUCUCAGACCCAAAACAAAAAUUACUCAAAUUACUCCUCUUGCAGUUCAUGGGAUACGACGACGACGACUUUCUCGCCUAAUUCCGAUUCUACAACCAACGAAUCUUCCGAUUUCAAAACCUCAAAAGCCGUUCAAGGAUUCGGCCGAAUCGGCGGCGAAAGCGUCGCCGUUGAAAAAGACUCCGACGACCCGUAUUUAGAUUUCCGUCAAUCAAUGCUUCAGAUGAUUUUGGAAAAAGAGAUUUACUCUAAAGACGAUUUGAAAGAGCUUUUGAAUUGUUUUUUGCAGUUGAAUUCUCCGUAUUAUCAUGGGAUUAUUGUUAGGGCUUUUACUGAGAUCUGGAAUGGGGUUUUUUCUCUCCGGCCAGGAGUCGCCGGAGCUAGCUCGCCGUUCUUGCAUGGCGGAAGUCACGUGACUUAUAGGUGAUACUCACGUGACCUUUAGGUUAUAGUCACGUGACUUUUUUUUUUUUCGUAACUCUAGUCGGUGUUAAUAUUUUGUUCAAACUCUUCAAAAAUAUCGUAAUAUCGAAGAGUUUUGAAGACCCAUAAAUAUUUAGUAAUAUAGAAUGGGUUUUCUAGAAAUAGUUUAUUUUUAGUAAUUUUUUUUUUUUUGAAGUAUUUUUUUUUGUUUGAAUUUUUAGAAUUAGGAGGAAAAAAAGGGGUUCUAUUUUCACAGCCUUUUUGAUUUAAUUAAAUUGUAUUUUGUUAGUGAAGGGGUAGUUAAAAAUGCUGUGAAAAUUGUAAUCUAUUAUUAUUAGUAAUGUACUUUUAUUUUUAUUUUUCUUUUUUCUA